UGCCACAACCCGUUGGGCACCGGGGACACGGACGGCACGGGUCUCCCCCGCGCCGCACUAGCGAUCAACCAGCGAGGCCAGUCAGUCGGCACUAGCCGGCCCACUGCCCACGCGCACCCGGUCGCGGUCACGCUAGCCUCGCUUCGCCUCCUCCGUCCGCCGCGCCGUCGUUUCCGCGGCCGUCGCGCUCCCCCCUCCCCCCGACGACAAAACACCCCACGCGCCGGGCGCCCGCGCGAAUAUACCCGCCACCCCACCACUCCCCACUACCCACCUCGCCGCCGCGCCCAUCUCACACUGCCACGCCCCGGGAAAAUAUCCAUCCCCUCUCCGCACCGCCAUGGCCGCCUCCGCGGCGCCGCUCCGGGCCGCGCUCGCCCGCAGCCACGCCGCCGCCUCCGCGCGCGCCCCGACCGCCUUCCUCCCGCUCCCUCCUCGUGCUCGCCGCCUCAAUCCGGCCGUCCUCGCCUCCGGGAGGGGGAGGCGGAUCCGCGCGGAGGCGACGGCGAGGACGCGGCAGGAGAAGGAGCAGCAGGAAGCCGAGGUGUCCGCCGUCGAGGACUCCUUCGCCGUCAGGGAGGCGGCCGCCGCUCCUCCUCCGGAGGAGGAAGGGGGAUUCGACGAAGAACUGACCCUCGCAGGCGAGGACGGCGACUGGGUCGUCAGGUUCGAGCAGUCCUUCAACGUAUUCCUCACGGAUACUGUCAUCUUUAUACUCGAUAUUCUGUACCGCGACCGCGACUACGCCAGGUUCUUCGUGCUCGAGACCAUCGCCAGGGUGCCCUAUUUUGCGUUUAUAUCGGUGCUUCACUUGUACGAGACCUUUGGCUGGUCGAGAAGAGCUGACAAUAUCAAAGUGCACUUUGCUGAAAGCAUGAAUGAGUUCCAUCACCUCUUAAUCAUGGAAGCAUUGGGUGGCAACUCUGUAUGGAUUGAUCGCUUUCUUGCGCGGUUUAGUGCCUUCUUUUACUACUUUGUCACUGUUGCCAUGUACAUGCUGAGCCCAAGAAUGGCAUACCACUUUUCUGAAUGUGUUGAGAGGCAUGCAUACUCAACUUAUGACAAGUUCCUAAAGCUCAAUGGAGAGGAGUUGAAAAAACUACCAGCUCCAGAGGUGGCUGUAAACUAUUACAUGAAUGAGGAUCUCUACAUGUUUGAUGAGUUUCAAACAUCAAGAGCUCCAAAUUCUAGGAGGCCUAAAGUUGAUAACUUGUAUGAUGUAUUCGUGAAUGUACGGGACGAUGAGGCGGAGCAUUGCAAGACAAUGAAGGCCUGUCAAACACAUGAAACCCUCCGUUCUCCUCAUGCCGUGCAGAGCUCAGUAGAAGCUGAUGCAGAAUGAUUCUGUCAAGAAGUGCCUUGGAAAUGAAGAUUGACCGGUUGUACGUAACUCCGUGCUAGAGCAUCAUAGAGUAUCAUACUAAAUUUUGGUGAUAUAUUGUAUUCCAUCCUUUUUCUCCCUUCUCUUCGUAUGUAGACAUUAGCCAGACUUUCGUACUUGUGAAUCUUACAUAGAGAAUAUAGGUUUAUAAAUGCAUCACAGAUUUACAACGAGAGAUGUGCACCGUUGGUCAGGCAUUACCACGGGCCAUGAACGGUGUAAUCCAGCUGUGUUGUGGUGUGUGUAACAUCAAGUGUUUUGAUGCUUGUUGAAGGAAAAGUCUUGAUGUUUUGCUGAUUCA